UACUGAGCUGACGCGCAGUGGUUAAGGGGAAAUCUCACGCUGUUGCUUAAACUUUUGUUAAGACUUUAUCAGACUAUUUUCCUCUCUCUGAAUCGAUGUCCCAUCCUUGGUUUUCUCAAAUGGACUUCCUCUAAAGGAAAAGGCGAACUACUUUACCUUAAUUUCGGAUUCCAGAGCUUGAGAGGUGCAGAAAAAGUUGACAUCUUUGAUUUCGCCUCGUCUACCGCAGGGAGAGGUGGUGUCAUUCUGUGCUUGCCUGACGCACAUCUCAACAUGUCUCAUCUCAAGAGCUCUGCCUAACCAGUUGAACCAGCUUGACGGCCAGUUUCGUGAGUCGGUAACGCAGACUCAGAUAAACCAUUUACUGCAACAUCGUAGCCAAAAGAGUUGUAAAUCAUGGCCGGGAUGAGCAAUUCCCACAUGAAGACCUUGGAGGACCUUACUCUGGACUCGGGCUAUGGAGCCGGAGACUCCUGUAAGUCACUUAGCCUCUCCUCCUCCAAGUCCAACUCGCAGCCGUUCAUCACGGCCCCUCAUCGGGGCAACUGGUGGUACUACUCCGGCUCCAUGAAUAGCAGGAAUAACAGCUGGGACACGGUCAACACUGUCCUCCCAGAAGAUCCCGAGGACAUCUUCUCCAAAUGCCCCCGCUUACCCGACCUCGAGGAGUUCCCCUGGACAGAAGAUGAGGUUGGCAAGAUCCUGCGUAAAGUUGCCGGGAAUGGUGUCGCCAAAGGGUCCCCAGCGCCGACAUUUUCACCCGAGGCCGUCCGGAAACUUUCCAUCCUCCUUCGCAGAUCCCUGAUCCGCAUUUCGAGAGAGGCUCAGCGGCUGAGUGUCAUGCAUUGCCGUUGCACUCGCUUCGAGGUGCAGAGCGCCAUGAGGCUGGUGCUGAGCUGGGCUCUGGCCGACCACUGCAUAACGGCGACCGUCAAGGCCAUCUCCAUGUAUAGCAUGAGCGCCGGGGAGCUGCUCCGCAAAGGCAAGUCUGCCCGCUGCGGCCUGUCCUUCUCCGUGGGACGGUUUUUCCGCUGGAUGGUGGACACCCGAAUCUCGGUGCGCAUUCACGAGUACGCGGCUAUCUGUCUGACCGCUUGCAUGGAGGCGUUGGUGGAGGAGAUCGGAGCGCGAGUGCUCAUGGCCGAGCGGGGGCAGUGCGGGCCGGACUUGGGGUCUGCCCUAGUGUCGGCAGAAGCAUUGGAGGGGGUGGUGAACAAUGAUGCCGAGCUGUGGGGAGUUCUGCAGCAUUAUGAGCACCUGAUCUGCGGGAAGAACGCCAACGGUGUACUGUCUCUCCCGGCCCACUUCAGCCCAUACACAGAGAGCCAGGCCGGGGUGGAGAGCAGGGAGGAUGCCUAUGCCCAGCUGGAGCUACGUACCCUGGAACAGUCCCUCCUGGCUACCUGCGUUGGCAGCAUUUCCGAGCUCAGUGACCUGGUGUCUCGUGCCAUGCACCACAUGCAGCGUCUCAGCUCCGUGCGCCUGGGGCUGAGCCCCGCCCGCCACCCCCGCCCCCAGCAGACCGUGUCGUGGUCACCUGACGCCCUCCACACCCUCUACUACUUCCUGCGCUGCCCCCAGAUGGAGUCCAUGGAGAACCCCAACCUGGACCCCCCACGCAUGGCCCUCAGCAAGGAGAGACCCUUCCUGUUGUUGCCGCCCCUCAUGGAGUGGAUGAGAGUGGCCAUCGUCCACGCCGAGCAUCGCAGGAGCCUAUUGGUGGACAGUGAUGAUGUCAGACAGACCGCCAGGCAGCUCCUCCCGGGGCUGGACUGUGAACCUCGCCAGCUGAAGCCGGAGUGCUGCUUCAGUUCAUUCAGGCGACUGGACUCCAGAGCUGCGACGGACAAGUUCCACCUGGACCUGGGCUUCCGCAUGCUCAACUGCGGACGCACCGAUCUGAUUGGACAAGCCAUCGAGCUGCUCGGGCCGGACGGGGUCAACAGCAUGGACGAUCAGGGCACGACCCCUCUGAUGUACGCCUGCUCAGCAGGAGACGAGGCCCUGGUCCAGAUGCUGAUCGAUGCCGGGGCCAACCUGGAUGUGGCGAUCCCAGCCUGCUCCCCCAAGCACCCCUCCGUGCAGCCAGACAGCCGCCACUGGGUGGCGCUUACCUUGGCUGUGCUGCACGGGCACAUCUCUGUGGUCCAGCUGCUGCUGGAUGCGGGAGCUAACGUGGAGGGGGCAGCCGUCCGCAACGGGCAGGAGAGCACAGCAGACACCCCUCUACAGCUGGCAUCAGCGGCAGGUAACUAUGAGAUGGUGAGCCUGCUCUUGGCUCGGGGGGCGGACCCUCUGUCCAGGACGCACGGCGGGAACGCCCUGACAUCAUCCCUCUACGAAGACAUGAACUGCUUCAGCCAUGCCGCCGCACACGGCCACAGGAACGUGUUGAGGAAGCUGCUGACCCAGCCCCAGCAGGUGAAGGAGGACGUGCUCUCCCUGGAGGAGAUGCUGGCCGAGGGGGUGGAGGGGGAGGAGCUGGCGGGGCCGGGGGCGGGGCUGGGCGAGGGGGCCCUCCCCCGCCUGUGCAAGGCCAGGAUGAAGGCCCUGCAGGAGGCCAGCUACUACAGCGCCGAGCACGGGUACCUGGACGUCACGAUGGAGCUGCGCACUCUGGGGGUGCCCUGGAAGCUGCACAUGUGGUUGGAGUCUCUGAGGAUCGCCCAGCAGCAGUCUGGGGCCUCUGUCAUCCUCUCCCUCCUCAAGGAGUUCACCACCAUCAGGGAGGAGGACUACUGCCAGGAGCUGGUCUCACUGGGCCUGCCCCUCAUGUUCACCAUCCUGCGCACCACCAAGAAUGAAGCUAUAACCCAGCAACUGGCAGCCAUUUUCAGCCACUGUUUUGGCCCAGCUCCUCUACCAGCCAUCCCAGAGAUGAAGGCCACCCUCUCUGCACAGCUGGACCCCCACUUCCUAAACAACCAGGAGAUGUCGGAUGUGACCUUCCUGGUGGAGGGGAAGCCCUUCUACGCCCACAGAGUCCUGCUGAUCACUGCCUCCGACAGGUUCAAGUCUCUGCUGGCUUCGUCUGGGCCUGACGGGAGUAAGGAAGUUGAAAUCACUGACGUCAAGUACAGCGUCUUUCAGAUGAUGAUGUCAUAUCUGUACUGCGGAGGAACAGAGGCGCUGAAGACCAACGUGUCUGACCUGCUGGAGCUGUUGUCAGCUGCCAACUUGUUCCAGCUGGGGGCGCUGCAGAGGCACUGUGAGCUCAUCUGCUCCCGGAGCAUCAACCUGGACAACGCAGUCAGCAUCUACAGGACAGCCAAGGCCCAUGAUGCUGUGGAGCUGAGCUCGUUCUGCGAGGCCUACUUCCUGCAGCACAUGUCGGGUCUCCUGGAGAGGGAGGCCUUCCAGGGCCUGCUGCUGGGGCCCCCAGGGGCCCGCUGGGGGGCUGGGGCCAUCCGGGGAGACUCCCCUCUGGAGGAGUUGGAGAGCACUCUGGCCCAACGCCUGCGCUCGCUCUACGUCACCUCCCGCGUGUGACGAGGAUAAAGGACAGGGAUUGGUGGAGGAGGUCGAGGUUGCCUAUACCCACUCAUAGUGUUUAAUCCCCCCAUCCCCAUUGGUCAGACUGAUCCUGGAUCUGAGGUUAGAGGCAGCCUCUACCUGGGGCGGAGCUGGGAGCAGGACAUACAAGACCAGGCCGGACACAGUAGACUCCCCCGCCUCCCCCUCUCCCCCCCGGGACAUUAAUCACACCCCUCUCCACCCAAUCUCAACCAUGUCUAUCUGCGGCAGAGGGGGACUGAAUUCCCCUCUUGGAAGCAAGCAUCACAAAUAGAAACAGAAGGAACGAGACAGAUGGAGCCGUUUUAGAAUUCUGAAAAACUGUAGAACUCUGCUGCCCCCCGGAGGACAAAGGUUGUUACUGCAUCACAGAACUCUGAGGGGAGGUACAGAGACCGGGCGAAGCCGGGGAGGAGAGGGGUGGG